AUGCCACCCCUUCCGACCACGAGCCCGCCAAUUUCCAUCUCCUCCUGGACUCCGCGUGUGAUCUGCUACUUCCAGACUUACCAUCACAACAACGAGUACAUUUCACUUCUCCCCUUGAUCACUCACCCAUCUGGAGUGACGCAUGUCAUCCUCGCCGCGAUUCAUGUGAACUGGGACCCCAACAGCCUGACGCUGAACGACGACGCUCCCGACCAUGACAAGUACACUCAGCUCUGGGACGAGGUGGUGGUGCUGCAGGACUCGGGAAUCAAGGUGCUGGGCAUGCUUGGCGGCGCGGCGCGCGGGAGCUUCGCGAGGCUGGACUACAGCGAAUCGCGAACCGACGUGCCCCUGGCGAGGUUCGAGGCUUACUACGGCCCGCUCCGAGAUAUGAUUCGCAAGUACGGCCUCGACGGGCUGGACUUGGACGUCGAGGAGGAGAUGUCUCUCCCUGGAAUCAUUCACUUGAUCGACCGGCUCAAGAGCGAUUUCGGCCGCGACUUCAUCAUCACGCUGGCGCCCGUCGCCACGGCGCUGAUGGCCGGCCGCCCUCACUUGUCCGGCUUUGACCAUCGCAUGCUCGAGGCCGCCCGCGGCAGUAGCAUUGCCUGGUACAAUGCCCAGUUCUACAAUGGCUGGGGUGGACUGCACAACACCAAUGCCUACGACGAGAUCAUGCGCAAUGGUUGGCCCGCCGAGAAGGUCGUCGCCGGCAUGCUGACCAACCCCAAACAUGGCGGGAGUGGCUACGUGCCGCUGGAGCUGUCCGCUGCCGUCUUGAGCUUGCUGAUGGAGCGAUAUCCUACCUUUGGCGGCGUCAUGGGUUGGGAAUACUGGGACGCCCUGCCACAGGAGCAGAGUUGUUGGAUGUGGGCUUACUGUAUGGGCUUGUGCAUGGGCCUCAAGAAGCUGAGGGAUAUCGCUGUCAUGAUGCGUAUGGGGAGAGGUAUAGAAGCCAUGAACCUCACUCGGUGA